AUGGCCAGUGAUAACAAUGCAUCUCUCCCACCUGCCGCUGCUGUUGCCAUCUCCGAACCCCGUUCGACCUCCAUGUUGCAGCAGGCUCAUCAUUACGUCUCACUGAAGCUAUCGUCCUCCAACUAUCUAUUUUGGAAGGCACAAUUAGUCCCUUUCUUACGCGGGCAAAAUUUAUACGGGUACGUUGAUGGUACCCUUGCUUGCCCGCCGGAGUUUCUAUCUGCUUCUUCAUCAUCUGCUACGUCGAUCGCCAACCCCAACUACCACAUAUGGGUCCAACAAGACCAAUCAAUAUUAAGUAUGCUCAUAUCCUCCAUGUCCGAGGAGGUGCUCUACCUCGCGAUAGGCCAUUCCACAUCACGUGCUGUCUGGUCGGCGAUUGAAACGGCACUGGGUUCGUCUUCCAGUGCUCGUUCCCUAAGUUUACUUACGCAACUACAAAGUCUUCAGCAAGGUGACUCCACACCGGCAGUUUACCUGGGCAAGGUGCAGAUUCUGGUAGAGCAACUCACACAAGCUGGCCGGCCGGUGAGUCUCGAUGAACAAAAUCUACAUGUUUUUCGCGGACUCCGACCGGAAUAUCGCAGUCUGGCUGCGUUUCUCACGACAAAGUCACAACGGCUGACAAUCCUGGAGGUAGCCGACCUCUUGGAAACCACCACUACUCCGGUUGCGUUACUGUCGGCUAAAGCAUCCCCUAAAGUAUGA